UUCUAAUUCAUCAAACUGAACUCAACUUCAUCAUUCAAGAAUCAAAUCAAAUCAAAUCAACUAUUCAAUCAAUCAAGAAAAAGUAACAAAGAUGGAUAAAGAAGUAACGAAAAUGGAUAAAGACGAAUCAAAAAUCGAUAAAAGUACCCUCCAAACGUCAACUCAACAUCAAUCUGAUCAAUUCUUCAUUAUUUUCGGUGGAUUGGCUUUAUUACUGCUUCUCAUCAGGCUGGGCCCGCUUUCUGCCUUUCUUUUGAUUGCAGUUUCAUUCCUUUUCUCUGCUUUACCUGAAUUCCGUUCAAUCGUCGAUAGCACUCUUGGCCGUUCACCUCCAUCUCAAGAUCGUCUUCGAGCUACUUUUCAAUCCAUUGCUAAUCUCCAUGACUCAAUUGAAGCCGGUCAUUCAUCUUCAGUUCAUCAGUCUAGCAACAAAUGUCUUACUCUACCCGUCGCCUCUCCUGAUCUUUCUCAAAUACCUCCCGAAAUCGUGACUGCCUUUAUGCCUCUGAUUGAUAAUGUUAUGCAUGAUUUUAUUGAAUCUUGGUAUCUCAAACCAACUAUAUCCACUGGUGAUCAUACCUUUCUUAAUCAUCUUCGAUCAUCAUUUCAACAUAUCUUAGUCAAUACGUAUCUAAAGAUCUCAUCAAAGUCAAGCAAAGAGACAUUAGUCUAUCUCGUCGGUUGUCUUGCCAUGAAUCUUGUUCGUCACAUUCAUGAUCCACCUUCAUCCAACUCUUCUUGGGAAUCCAAACAAGCUCGCAAGUCUCAGAGAACACUUCAAGUUCGUCGAAUCUCGGAAGAAAUCCUACUUACUCUUGGACCGCUUCCUAUCACUGUGUCUCCGAUCAUCCUCAGCUUGCUAUCAGAAGUUUUGACCGUUCAACUCAUCUCGGGUGUCAACUCACUAGAUGACGACUGGUUCAAUCGAACCAUUAUCACCUACUUGGGUCCUGUAACUCCUACACUGAUCCCCGCCGAAUCGUCCUCUGAGGUGGAAUCUUCACGCUCUUCGAUCUCGUCAAAUCCUACUGAAAAUGUGCAUUUCACAAGUGCAUCUUCAAAUACUCGGUCUUCACCACUGUCCUCUCCAGUGGAAAACUCUGUUCCUUCAGUUGAGCCAGAAGAUAGCUUAUCGAUCACUGGGCAGAACCUCUUAAACCUUUACUUGAAAUCAACUCCGGACUUACUCUCCAAUGCCUCUGCCCGUCUUCCUGAUCCCAUCCCACUACUAUUUCAAAUCACACCGAUAUGGUCUCCGAAGCAAUUGUCAAUGAAUUCACCCACAACCGCUUCUUUGCUAAGGCUUCAGCAGUCUUCACAUCACGCGCCCACAGCUGAACCGUUUACCAAUUCACAAAACCCCAAUGUUCAAAGCUUGGUCAAGAUCUGGACACACCUUGACUCAUUCCGAAGAAUCAGUCAAAUCACUGAACUGGAAACCCAAUUGAUCAAGAGUGAUGCAAUCUCUCUUCUAAGCUCGUUGAUUGCCCCUCUUGACCAGGCCAUCAAUGCACUCAUCGAUCAAGAGGAGGAUCAAGCCACGCGUCACACUUUACUCAACACCUGGCAAUUCGUCGUGGUAGAAACUCUUAGAAGACUUGAAGACGCUAAUAUCAAUGGUGCCUUGAUAUUCCAGAAUAUGCAAGACUGGGUUCUCGACCGAAUACAACGGAUUGAGACUGAUGAACCUGACUCGCAACAUCUAUCGGUCAAUAACAUGAAAGAUCCGGUACCCAAGCCCCAUAACCUUUCCCGUAACGGACCAACAGGCCAGGAGACUCGUGAAGAACGCAUCUCGUAUAUGACCAUCCCACAUGUGCCUUCUAUGGUCAAUUCCUCCAAUUCAACUUCUCCGCCUAGGUCUCAAACUCUUCCUAACCGGUCAGAAGACAUCUCGUUUAGCCGUCCCAUCCAUUCUGAAACCACCAACGGCCGUCACCAGUCUUCGCCGUCUCCUUCUACCCCACCAGCAAAUUUUAGUGAAUCUCCUCCCUCUAACCUUCAACAUGGUCGAAUACCUUCUCAACCCCCGAUGUCGCCACUUCGCAAUCACAGUUCGUUCAAAGAUGUCCCAGAGGAAGGCGAUAUGGCUGAUGGCUUUUCAUUUGACGAUGCAAAUGAUAUAGCAGAAAAAGAUCAUCAACCUUCUCCUCAUCACUCACUAAAAAACUCGCAUAUUCUAUCGCAAGCAACACGAUCGUAUUCAUCAGAUGCUCAUAUCACGCCUCAGUCAAAUAGGCUUUCAUCUCAAUCCCACGAAAGAGCCUCUACCGAGUCUCAAACGGCUCCACUAUCCACUUUCAGCGUCUCUGUGACUGAUAUAUCAUGUCCUACCGCGUUUGAUCCGAAGGGAUUGAUUAAAACUAAACGGGACCUCGAAUUUAUGAUUGCUGUUGAAGUUUCAGGCGUACCUGGAUUCAUAGUGACAAGAAAAUGGACCGAAUUAGAAAAGAUGGAUGUAGGAAUCGGUAAAUUAAGAUUGAUAGGAUUAGGCACCAAAUCAUUUCCCAGAGCAUUAUUACCGACAAAUUUGAAUUUUAAAACAAGUGAUCAUCUUGUAAGAGAAAUUGAAGGAUAUCUAGCACAUCUUUUAAAUCAUGAAAGGUAUGCCGAAUCAUUACCAGUAUUGAAUUUCUUUGCAAAAGAAAGAUCAGGUUCUACUAAUAAAGGAGGUUUAAUUAAUCCAUUGGGAUUAGGUAGUCUUCAAUCUACUUGGGAUACGAUUGGUAAAGGAGUGGUUAGUGUGACUAAACCUGUUAAUAUGGCGGGUCAAGGAUUAAGUCAACUUUCAAAAGGAGUAUUGGCUGGUUUACCAUUUGGAAUGACUCAUCAGAAGGAUACUUUACCAACGGAUGAUGAAGGUCUUAUGAAAGUUAAUCAUGUUGAGCCCCAACAACAACCGCCACCACCACCACCACCAUCGAAUAGAGUGAAUUUUCAAGACAGACUCAAACGGUUUUCUAUUUCUGCUACUAGUUCUUCUGCUUCGACUUCUAACUCGUCUUUAGAUUCACCUCCUUCUAUUCCUGAACAAUCACAACAACAAGUUCAACUUACUGUAUUGUACCCAAAUCCAGACUCACCUCACUUGAUCUCGGAUAGUGAGCCUACUCCUGUUCAAUCAUCACAUACUGUUCCUGAGGCAGUGACACCUACCAUGGGUAAAGGAUAUGAGUUUGAAGAGAAAGAAGCAGAACCAAAAGCUUGUGCUACUCCACCUGGCAAACCUACCAUUCCUGGACCACCUUCCACCAUCAAAGCGGAUUCCACCAAAGCGGAAAAAGAAUGUGUUGAGAAGACGAGUUAUACUGCGAAUUUGGUCGAAAAGUCAAACGCUUCAAGAAAAAGAGACGCAUACUAUUUAUGGACAGAUGGUCUGAGUUUUGCUCGUUAA